UCCCUCGCUGCGCCGGGCUGACAGCAGAUCGCUGCACAGGAAGCUAUCAGUAGUGCCGUAGGUUCCACUGCCAGUCUACCUAGCGACAUUUCACUCUGUGCGUGACACGAUUGCGUGUGUGUAGGUGCGAGCCUCGGAGAAUCCAUCCCGCAUCAUCAUCAUAUUCCGCUCGGGUCACCUAGCGCUCGACUACCGGCAUUUUCCAUCUCCCGUCUCCGAAGAUGAUACCUGGCAAACGAAGGGCUGCAGUCAUGUCCUUCUCGGUAGCGAUUUUUGGAGCCCUGAUGCUGCAGUCCGUCUCUUCCCAGAACGCGGGCUUUGUGAAAUCACCUUUUUCUGAGACUAAGCUCACGGGUGACACCUUUGAGCUUUACUGUGAAGUGGUGGGAAACCCCACCCCAGAAAUCCAGUGGUGGUACGCUGAGAUCAACCAAGCUGAUUCCUUCAGGCAGCUGUGGGACGGCGCCCGUAAACGGCGAGUAUCCAUCAGCACGGCCUACGGCUCCAACGCUGUGAGCGUGUUGAGUGUCUCUCGUCUCACGCUGGACGAUGCCGGGACCUAUGAGUGCAGAGCCAGCAAUGACCCGCGACGUAACAACCUGCACCAAAAUCCAGCCACCACCUGGAUCCGCGCUCAGGCCACUAUAAUGGUGCUGCAGAAGCCGUCAAUCGCCGCCUCUGAAUCCAUCACACUUCCUGUGGAAGGCGACUCUUACACACUGCAAUGCAACCUGACCAGCUCCCACAGUGUCCACCAGGAGAGCUACUGGAUGAAGAACUGGGAGGAGAUCCCAGAAACACGCAGCCCAAAUAAGAACACUGAGUACCUGCUGAAAAAACCAAGAGGAGAGGCCACCGGAGUGUACAUGUGUGUCUUCACCUUCGCGAUGGCUCCUGCAGCAAACGCCACCAUCGAAGUUAAAUCUGCUCCUGAGAUUACAGGCCACAAACGUAGUGAGAAUAAGAAUGAGGGCCAGCUUGCUGUGCUCUACUGUAAGUCUGUGGGCUACCCUCACCCUGUCUGGACAUGGCGCAAGUUGGACAACGGCAUUCCUAGGGAAAUUGACAACUCAAGCGGACGCUUCUUAAUCAGCAGCAGAGACAACUACACUGAGCUCCACAUUGUCAACCUGGACAUUAAUUUAGAUCCAGGCGAGUACCACUGCAAUGCCACCAACAUGCUCGGCAGCCGUGAUGAGAUGAUUGUGCUGAGGGUUCGCAGCCACUUGGCCCCCUUAUGGCCUCUUCUGGGGGUUUUGGCUGAGAUCAUCAUCCUAAUCGUCAUCAUCGUCGUUUAUGAGAAGCGUAAGAAGCCAGAUGAUUUACAAGACGAUGAUGACCAUGCAGGUCCAGUGAAAACUAAUUCAACCAAUAACCACAAAGACAAGAAUCUUCGCCAGAGGAAUACAAACUGAGCAGCCUGUCUGCUGAGUUCAUUCAUCAUUUAACAUGUAUUGACCAUAUGAAGGUAAACAAGAAGGGAAUCCAGUAUCUGUCAUUACAAGUAUGGUUGUGGAGGAGUUCAAUGAGGAAUGUAUUAUGAUUUUAUUGUGUGAGGGUGCGGAAAUGGAAUAUGGAAUUAUUAACAUUAUAACCAUUGUUGCUGCAUGCAGUUGCUGACAUUUAUUCUUCCCUCUUAUUCACUAAUUUUACAUUGUUACGACUUUUAAAAUAAUGCAUGCAAGAUGUUGACCUUCUGUUUGAUACAGAAAUGGCUUUUUUUUUUGCUCUUUUCUCUGAGAGUGGCUUCAUUUAGAUAAUCAGUACUGUGUGUUCUAGAGGAAAAACAAAACUUGGCAAUGUAAAAGAAAAUGCCACUAUAAUCUGGUAUGACAGUUAUGUACAGUUUUAUCAUUCCACUGCAUACCAUUUUAUCAGAAACUAUCUAUUACAUUUUUAAGGGCUACGCAAUGUCCCUCUAAAUUUGAUUAAGGGUUUAUUUUACUGUAUGUACUGUAUGUGUUAAAUCACUAUAUCUAUGUAUCAGAUCUCCAUUAAUAUAAAGACUAUUCAAAUGAUUUGAUGCACUUAGAUGUUGAGGAUAACAAAAAACUGUAAAAACCUACUUUAGGAAACCUGUACUAAUCAUUCUAACAUAUUGUUUUAUAAGUAUGUGUAUUGUACAGCAUGGCUAUUAUCCUAUGCAAUUAUUAUCCAUAUCAAUAUAUUGAAAAUCAUUGCAGCUUUUGAUUUCUCUGUGACAAAGCUUUAAACUAGUAAGAUCACCAUAGAGCGUUGAUGGCAUACUGCACAGCUGCAUGAAUUCUCUACAGCCCACGUCAGGACUGACAAGAUCCCCGACUCAUUUUUAAGAAUAAAUAUCUCAAAAAAUAAA